UUAUGCAGCAUAUAUAUAUAUAUAGAAACCUAAUUGUCGAACAGGCUACACAUAUUCUACAACUUCAACCAUUUAAACAAAUAUUAAAUGGAGGAAUAGCUCGAACGGAAGAGCAUACAAACGGAUGGAUCCUCAUCAGUAUCGCGGACGGUGCCAGGCGCGUGAUACAUUGCUUUGGUACUGGGGCAGCGUUGCAUCAGCAGCAUCCGUCAUCAGCUGAUCACUCUCAAGGUCUCCUUCGCAGAGCAUCAUGGGGAGGACACUGGAACCGCUGGUUCUAUCCGGGGACCGCUACAUCCCCUACAACUAAACCAACGUUGGUUCACCAUCAGCACCAUAAUAGGAGACCCACGCCAAAAAGAGGUCACGCAGAGAGCAUCUCGUUUUUCAUAGGUUGUUAGGAGCUGGACUAACUCCUCAAAGGGAAACGUGCGGAUUGUCGCGCAUCCACUCCACAAACCUGAGCUAUAUGAAACGAAUAACGAAGACAUUUGCAAGGGACUUUGUUUUAAUAGUAUUCUACCGCAUUGGUGCCAGUUGAAUCGUGGAGGGCGGGAGAGGAAUAGCACGACUGGUCACGACAGGUGAAUUGCGGCUGCAGCUUUCAAGACUGUGCGUGCUUUUCCACCUGAAGAUCUUUUCUCUUGUCCUCCUGUCCUGUUUGUCAUCUUCUCAUCAAGAGCUGCUAUUUGUUAGUGAAUAUCUAUCUAUUCACUGAAGAUGGUGGAGGAGGAGAAAAAGCAGGUGACAGGAUACCUCCUGUUCUCCCUGGCCACUGCAGUCAUUGGCUCGCUGCAGUUUGGCUACAACACAGGGGUCAUUAAUGCACCUGAACAGAAACUGCGGGCCUUCUUCAAUAACACAUGGAUGGAGAGGUAUGCCGAGCCCAUCAAACCAGGAACGUGCACCAUUGUGUGGAGCUUGUCGGUGGCCAUCUUUAGUGUGGGCGGCAUGGUGGGCUCCUUCAGCGUCGGAGUGAUGGCAGACAGAUUUGGGAGGAAAUUGUCCAUGUUCCUGGUCAACAUCCUGGCUGUGUUCGGAGGCCUCCUCAUGGGUUUCUCCACCAUUUGCUCCUCCUAUGAGAUGGUCAUCGCUGGACGCCUCGUCAUUGGCCUCUUCUGCGGCCUCUUUACCGGCCUUACGCCCAUGUAUGUGGGGGAGCUGUCCCCCACCCCUCUCCGAGGCGCCUUUGGCACCUUGCACCAGCUGGGCGUGGUGAUUGGCAUCCUGGUGGCUCAGAUCUUUGGCUUGGAGUCUCUACUGGGGUCGGACAAGCUGUGGCCUCUGCUGCUGGCACUGACGGUCAUCCCGGCCGUGCUGCAGUGUAUCCUGCUGCCCUUCUGUCCUGAGAGCCCCCGCUUCCUCCUCAUCAACCAGAACAAGGAGGAGCAGGCCCGCAAAGCCCUGGUGCGUCUGCGUGGCACAGAGGAUGUGAGUAAAGACAUGCAGGAGAUGAAGGAGGAGAGUUCCAAGAUGGCCAUGGAGAAGAAAGUGACCAUCCUCGAGCUGUUCCGCACCGCAGCCUAUCGGCAGCCGCUCCUCAUCGCCGUCAUGCUCCACCUCUCCCAGCAGCUCUCCGGAAUCAAUGCUGUGUUCUACUAUUCAACUGGUAUCUUUGAGUCAGCCGGUGUCACCCAACCCAUUUACGCCACUAUUGGAGCAGGAGCUGUUAACACUGUCUUUACAGUGGUAUCUCUCUUCCUGGUCGAGAGGGUGGGACGAAGGACUUUGCAUCUCGUCGGAUUGGCCGGAAUGGCCAUCAGUGCCCUGCUCAUGACUAUUGCCCUCCUGUUGAAGGGCUACUCGUCUCUGAGCUACCUGAGCAUCGGGGCAGUGUUUCUGUUCGUGGCCAUGUUUGAGAUGGGGCCUGGACCUAUCCCAUGGUUCAUAGUGGCAGAGCUCUUCUCCCAGGGUCCGCGGCCGGCCGCCAUAGCCGUGGCCGGCUGCUGCAACUGGACCGCCAACUUCCUGGUGGGAGUCAGCUUCCCCAAACUGGAGGAGCUGUGCGGGCCAUACGUCUUUAUCAUCUUCAUGAUCUUACUCAUCUUCUUCUUCAUCUUCACCUUCAUCAAAGUCCCAGAAACAAAGGGCAAGACCUUUGACGAGAUCGCCCGCGAGUUUGGCGGGGCCCCCCCGCCCCCCACCACCUCUGUGGAAGCUCCUCCCACUAGUAGCAGCGUGACACUUCCUGCCUCGCCCAUCAAGGAGAAGGUCCCAUUGGUGGGAGCGGCAGCAGCAGAGGAUAAGUCCAUCUCAACUGUACAGGCGAGCUUGUAGAACCCUGUGUCAGGUCGAGGGUUAAAUGUCAGGUGUUUGGGUUCAGCAGGUUCAAAAACAGAUACAAGCUUAAUUCUUUGGGAGUUCAGGUACAUGGGGAUGAGUGAUUGACGUGACGGGAAAUAUACUUUUCGUGUACAUGGAAAACCACAACGCACACUUAUUUUGGUGGAAUACGGUAGCUAGGAUUUCUUUCUUUCAUGUGUAAUAUCUUUUUGGAAGUGUUCUCAAUUUAUAGGUCAAAACUAUUAUUUAAUUGUUUUGCUUUUUACUGAGUGCAUCAUAAUUUGAAGAGCAAAGUGGGCCUAGUCAAAACAAACAACCUCAAUAGUGUUUCUGGUUUGCUUUCUUGGUUUAGAAAUAGCUUUUUUAAAUAACCCAAUAAUCCCAGAAUGAUCAUACUUGGCAUUUUCUUUCAACAGAUACAUUCGUGAUCAAAAUGAUAUGCUUUUACCCUAUAUUCAAUGUAAGAAUCCACUGAUAAAGAAUCACAUUUGGAUGGUUGAUGAAGUAAGAGAGUACAUCUUUCACUUUAACUUAAGCUUCACCGUAUUAAUCAAAUAGAAAUCAAUUAAAACGCCACAA